AGAAGAAGAAAGAUGGCCACAGCUAAUGUUAGCUAGCCUCUUCCUGCAGGGGCUCAAACAAUGCUUCGUUCUUCAUCUUAUUGUCUUCUCUUCCCUUGCAGCGGCACAGCCAUGACUCAAUAUCAUUCUACCGAUAUUGGAAAUAAAUAAUGACUAGAGUGUGUGUUUAGAGGGAUUUAUUAAGUAGUUUUUGGAGACUGUGUGUGUAUGUGGAGGAGGGGGGUCUCCUCAGGUCAGCUGUCCCGUCAGUUUAACGUCAGUGAGGAACAGUCAUCAUGGCAGCUCCAGUGAAUAUCCAGACUCCCAGUAAGAGCUGGGAGCUGAGUCUGUAUGAACUCCACAGGAGCCCUCAGGAGGCGAUCAUGGAUGGCACGGAGGUGGCGGUGUCUCCUCGCUCUCUACACAGCGAGCUCAUGUGUCCCAUCUGUCUGGACAUGCUGAAGAACACUAUGACGACCAAAGAGUGUCUUCACCGCUUCUGCUCCGACUGCAUCGUCACCGCGCUGAGAUCAGGGAACAAAGAAUGUCCCACCUGCAGGAAGAAGCUGGUGUCCAGACGCUCGCUGCGCCGGGACUCAAACUUCGACGCACUGAUCUCCAAGAUCUACCCGAGCCGGGACGAGUAUGAGGCCCACCAGCGGCGCGUCUUGGAGCGCCUCAACCGGCUGCACAACAAGGAGGCACUGAGCUCCAGUAUUGAGGAGGGGCUUCGGCAACAAGCCCGCUACAGGUCCGAGAGGAACCACCGUGUGAAGAAGCCGACCCAGGAGAGUGACAACACCACCUUCAGCGGGGGGGAGGACAAUGGCGACGCUCGCUCCCACCUGUCUCAUGACUCCGCACACAUCCCCCACCCCCCCGGGCUGACCCCCUCGGAGGCCGGGCCGAGCAGGAAGCGUCCCCGUGCCUCGGACGAGGGCUCGGGGCCCGAGGCGGACAGCGGCAGCCCCACCCCGUCGCCACGGCACCACAAAGAGGCCCUGGCCUCAGAGAUCGAGCUGGUGUUCAGACCCCACCCUGAGCUGGUCCACGCCCAGGACUACAACCAGACCAGAUUUGUGAAGACGACCACCAACGCCACCGUGGAUCAUCUGUCCAAAUACCUGGCUCUGCGCAUCGCCCUGGAGGACAGACAGACCGAUGCAGAGACGGAGGACAGAGGGAGGGAGGAGGGAGGUGGAGGAAGUGGAGGGGAAACAGCUGCAGCAGGAGGAGGAGGAGAGAGUGGAGGAAGAGCAGGAAGCGGAGAGGGCUCCAGUCUGAAAACCAUCAAUGAGAAACAGUACACCAUCUACAUCAUGACGAGAGGAGGACAGUUCUCUACGCUGAACGGCUCUCUGACUCUGGAGUUGGUCAAUGAGAAAUACUGGAAGGUGAGGAAGCCUCUAGAGCUUUACUACGCUCCCACCAAGGACCAGCAGCCGGCAGCACCGCAGCAGAAGUCCUCCCCUCACCAACAGAGGGACGGGUAAGGGACGGGGUACCCCGGUGUGCUGCUCUCCUCUUCUUCUGAACUGCUCAUUACAGCGUGGUGCAGGAGCGAGACCUAAACCUGGAAAUAAGUUGGCAUUUCUGGGUUCACUUGUAUUGAGAUCGAUUCUUUUUUUGAUUAGAUUUGGUUAGGUCUCCAGGGAUAAGGUAUGUGGUUAACGCCAAGGAGAUGUUUUGUUUUACGGACAUGAAAUACCUCACUGGUGAAUGUCUGAAGCUUGUCCGCUAACAGGGAAAUGAGACGACUAAAUGUCAUCACACCAAAACAUAGCCGCUUUUAUCUUAGCGGGGGCAAUGCGAAGUCAUGUGAACAUCAUGUAUUUCUUUAAUAGCCUAACAUUAGCUUUUUUCUUCAGAAAAUUGCAUACAAAAAUACACAAAAGUGGUGUUCAUAUGUGGAAAUUAUCCUGCUGAUCAAAACGUGUAAGUAUAGUCAAUGUGUGUUUGCCACAGAGCUUAUGUUCCGGAUGAUUCCAACAUCCAAUGGAAAAAUCCAAUUGCUUAUCGUCGAUUUAGCUCUUGUGAUGCUAACUUCCAGGUCGGCCUACAAAACAAAAUGUAUCACUGCACCACUGAGGCCUGAUAUUUAUGAGGAUGCAUCGUGAAGAAAAAGACCCACAAAGUUGUUCUUAAUAACAGCAAAAUAACUAUUAUCUUGCCUUGUGUUCUGGUGAAUAAUCCGCCUGCGUUUGAAAUGAUGUUCUUGCAGCUCAUGGGUUUAUGAACUCGUGAUGGAUUUGACAAGCGGGAUUUUUCAUUUAGUUUUCUCCUGUUUUAAAUAACUUAUUGCUGACUAUUUAACAACUGACCACGUUUAUAAAGAUAAAGCCGUGCAGUCUGGGAGUUUGACAUUUUUUUGUUUAGGUAACAGCCCAAAAUAAAACAAUGGUUUUUUUACAUUCCAAAAAUGUUUUUGAGUCAUUGUUUGGAUUUCCUUUGUAAAGUCUAUGGAAUACUUAAAAUGUUCAAACUUUACAUUUAAGGGUUUUCAUUUGAGUCAAAAGCACAAAAUUAUAAUUUGAAGGUUAGUCUGCUGUAAUUUGUCAGUAAUUCAAAGUGUGUUCGAUCAUAAUUUAGAAAAUUAUUCAAGUUUUUCUUUUGAGACAGUUAAUAAAUGUAUCGUUCAAGUUAAUGAAACUCAUCAUUUCGUGUUAUCUGGAAGGUUUGUUACUGAUCUGCGUUCAAAGACUCAGUGUGUUAUUUUGUCUCCAAUGAGACCAGUUUUCAGUUGUGAAAAAAUGUGAAGAAAAAAAAAGUUUGGUUUUUAUUAUAAUUUAAUGUCUGCGUUAUUCCAUUGUUUGUGUGAUUCAUGUGAUUUCUACCAACAUGACUGGAGCUUUGCUCUUUUGGGACUUAUUUUCUGCUGCUAGUCAGAACUACAUGGUUCUGAUACAGCUGUGCAGAAACUUUCACUUUUCUGCAAAUGCAUCUAUCAAUUUUCUAGAAUGGUUUUAACAUGUCAAGGGCUGGAGCCUAUCCCAGCAUGCACUGGGGUAGGACAGGGUGACUACACAUUUUAGGAGCAAUAUUAUACUUUAAGAGUAGAUGUUAUUUUCUUUAUGAUUAAAGGAUGAGUGCAGGUCCCCCAAUGGAUUUUAUAUUUUCAUUUCAGGAGUAACUUUGUGUAGAGCAUAAUGUUCCACCUUAAAACAUGUAGCUUUGAAACCCACCUUACCUCCAGUUUGAUUUUGUUUGCAUGAACAUUUCACUUCAAGGUUUCAACACUCCAUGGGGGGUUAUUUUCUUCUGAUAGACCAUUAAGACUAGUUGGAUUUAACCAUUUAUACUUUUCAUUUCGUCUUAAUGCACUUUACAUUUCCUGCAGCCAUAACUUUGCCCAGCUUACCUCAGUUUUAUGGAAUAUUUGUAUAUUAAAGAAAAUGUUUUUCCUUUCUUCUGUUGUACUGACAGUAAUGUGAUACACAAUAAAACCCCUUUUGUGCAAAA